GGGAGAGAGAGAAAAAAAAACCCAGAAAAGCGCGAGCCAGAUGGGCGCCGGGAGCAGCCGCGCCGAUGCGCCGCCGCGGCGGCGGGCGGCGGCGCGCGGCCUCGGGCUCGGGCUCGCGGGGUGCUUCGGCGGCGGAUCCUCUGGGGCGGCCACCGGAGGCGGCGGCGGCGGCGGCGCGACCGCCGCGUCCUCCUCGCGAGCUCACGAGGUGGAAUCUUGGCAAGCAGCUCGAGCGGUUGCUGAGAUGGACUUUCGGGCUUCUGUCGCUGCUAAGGAUAUCCGCAUAUCAAGUGAGUCAGAUCCAAGAGUGCAUCCAUCUUCAAGCACAAUAAGUCAUCAUCUCAGGUUCAAUCACUUAAACAGUCACGAAAACAAGGAAGAUGCCCUGGGAACAGAAAUCGCUGAAACAAGUGUUCGUCAGAGUUCAUCAGGAAAGGAAGUCAUGCCUAGGGGAAAUUUCAGUAAUGAAGUUGCUUAUGCUGAGAUAACGUCUAGAGAAGGAAUCAGUCAUAUUGGACGAGAUAUUUUAGAACCUGCAGCAAACAAUGCUGAGACUGACACAGUUUGCAUUCCAGAAGUUGGUGGCCCCGUUUCUGAAUCUGGUUUCUCCUCCUCACAGAGGGCAUCUGAAAGGAUCAUGGCUGACUUGGAGGCUGGAGAGAUUGCUCAUGGGACUUCAUCCACAACUAUUAUGUCAAGUGAAAGAUCAGAUACUUCUCAAUCUAGCUUAACAUCUGUGUUGCCUGCUACUUCAACUGCACCAUCUACAAUUGGAGAAUCACUUCCAGAUACAGUCCCUAGCAGAGAAGAUGUCCCCAUAUUUAGUGGGACACAAGGUGAGAUUGGUGGAAAUACAUUACAUGAUGACAUGAUGAGCAUUUUCUCAAACGAUGGUCCAGCGCGUGUUAGAGAUUCAAGCAGCAAUGAAAUGAGGAGGAGCCAUAGAAGGGUUCUGUGGGACACAUUUUCCAGACGUAGUUCAAGAGGAUAUUUAGAUUCUGAUACCGAUGAUCUGGGAUUUUACAGCAGAUGGCUAGACCUUGGUGAUGAACUUUUUGCGGAUGAGAUUGAGGAGGCACGGUUCUUUCAUCGGAGACGCCAUGGUUCAAUCAGAAUUAGGGAGCAUCGGCGUGCUGUUUUUGAUAGCGGUACUGACCAAAGUACCGUUGCUUGUCCUUUGGGGAUCCACCAAAUUGGCAGAUGCACCUGUGAUUCCUUCUUGAUUGCUGAAGAAUCUAGUGCCCGUGCAAGUAUAUCAAGAAUUGUCAUGUUAACCGAGGCAUUAUUUGAGGUAUUGGAUGAAAUUCACCGGCAACCUGCAUCACUUUCGCUUUCCAUGGUCUCUGCCCAGGCUCCAGAAUCUGUGGUUAAUUCAUUACCAUGUAAGAGCUACAAAAAGCAGACAGCCCAAUGCAGUGAUGACAUGGAACAGUGUCACAUCUGCUUAACUGAAUAUGAGGAUGGAGAUCAGAUAAGAAGCCUCCCGUGCAAACACGAGUUUCACUUGCUGUGUGUUGACAAGUGGCUCAAAGAAGUACACAGGGUCUGCCCGUUGUGCCGUGGGGACGUGUGCGAAGGUGCCGCCUGAAGACCUUUCAACAGCAAGCAUUGUCUUCGUCUCUGCUCCACGGGCCCACGGCACGCGCGAAGCAGCUGUGUUCAUCCAGGCAAUCGCCGAUUGCCUUGCCCUUGCCGAAGCCGAAGAAGAGAGCCAUACGAUUCUGUUUCUGCCUGCUCCACGCGGUCGAUUCCUUGCAUUUAAUUUAACGACCUGAACGAUACUAUACCGAGACAUGUAUAUACCUUUUGUAGUCGUCGAGUGAGCCUGCCUCGCUCCUCUGUAUUUCAGCCAGCUUGUACAUAUAUGUAGAUCCCCAGUUAAUCCUCUGCUACCUGAAGAAAUUUCUCCAUUCAGCGCAGUCCAAUGCAUACCAUACCCCUUUCUGUCGUGCUCUGGUGCAGCUGUGCAGGGACCAAAGAUGAGGCUCACUGAAUGAUCCAGCUCCCAUGCCUCCCGAUGAAUAUGCGGCCGCACCAGCAGCAGCGCUAGAGAUGCACUUCCGCCUCUUGCACGAAGAAAAUUACAAGGGAAUCAGUAGGAGGCAGCAUGGAUAAACCAAAUGAUCAUGGCCUAUUUCCCUUGUUUCUACUCACUCCGUCCUCCGUCCUAGAUUAAGAUGCCCUCCCUGUUUUUCCCAAAAUAAAUUUAUUUUUGAACAAUCAUUUCAUCCGAGUUUGUGAAAAUAGAAGAUAAAUGUAUUAGGAGUAUAUAAAGUAGAAAAUAAUUGCAUUGAGAUUUCACAAA